UAUCCCUUGAACCCGCAGGACAGGAUCGGUGGCCCAUCAUUGGCCAUCAGUGAGCAACAAGAGCCCAGAUCACCGCGUGCCCAAAGAAGCUACAGCGCGGAAAUUGAUUUUCUGCAAAAGUCGCACGCAGUGAGGCGUACCGAGGAUCGUCGACACACAGAUUUCGGAGAGGUUGGGCGCUGGAUGCCAUCCUCAAAGCAGGUCUCAAAGACAAAGAGGCUUCCCUUCCCGACCCAAGACUCGAUAGAAGAAGAAGGCGCAAUUCAAGCGGAUAACGCGACACGGAAGAACGAUCAAAGUGAGCUCAGGGACCAGGAAGAAAGAUCGCAUGAUAACCAAAUUAGCCCAAGAACUAAGAUGUCCGAAGAUUUCAACGCUGAAGAGCACGAGGCUAUGGUGCCGAUUAAAAACGGGAAGAGUCACGCCACCAGAAGCCAUAGCACUGGGGCGACCUGUUCCAGAAGCAGAGAUCACCCGAGCUUUGGCUCGUCCCCUUCCAGACCAUUCAGGGAACGCAGAUACACCGAUACCACCUUGGAUCCGCCGGGGUGGGAUCCUCCGGCGAUGAACAUCAUUCGUGACGAUGUCUUUUACUCGGAAGAUACGAAAUCUUCCUCCUUGGGGUCGACGCCGACUGGCACAGUACGUCGGAGCAUCGCGGAGCACCGAGACUACAAAAGAAGUCCGUCUUCCGAGGUAGCGAGAUGUACCACCGGAGUAAAUCAGCGAAUUCGUGAUCUCUACGACUUCAAGGUCGAGACCGAGUGGCCCAGGAAGGUGAGAAAUCCACCCCGAAGGAACAUUUGGAUCAGCAAGAGCGGAAGCGAAGAAGAGGAGCACCGCGAAUCGUCGGAAUCCAAAGAACGGAACGCAGACGUAUUACAGAAGAGGGACUUUGAGGAUCUGGACGAAGAUGAGCGCGAGGAACGGCUGAGAAUAUUCCACGAAAAGCUGAGGUUCAGUGAAGAUCUUGGACAGCCGAAUGACCAGCGGGAGAGAAGGAUUCACUCUGAUGACUUCGGCAACGAGCGAGCAUGCAGACAAAUUUGGAGCGCUAAGCGAACUUCCGGGGCCUCGAGAGAGUCCUGGAUCAGCUAUACCGAGAUCAGCCAAGCUAGGCAGGAGUCCCGAAUGAGCGACGCGAGCUAUGUAAGCAUCGAGGUAUUCGAGAGGAGCGUCGGGGCCCCGACAAGAAGAGCCUUCAGUCAAGGCGAUGAGCCGACUCCUUCGUCGUCAACGCCGCCAACACCGCCGUCGACUCCAAUGUCGAAAGACUCAGCGGGAAAACGAAAUAUCCACAAAAAACCCGAAAGACAGGGUUCCAAGUUCAAGAUUUAUCUGGUAUAGGGAAGAGUCAGAUGUUUUGGAAAGUCUUUAACCAAUUUCCGGAGCGCUACCGAUUAUAAGUUGCAAUUGGAGUUACCUGUACAGCAUAAGAUGUAAGCGCUCGAUUCCACAGAUAUACAUACACUGCAUUUCAUAUCAGGCAAAUCGAUAAAGCUGAUAACAACCUCGACAACACGCAUCCUCGCUAUCAGAUCCACUCACCCACCCUAACAGUGUGUAUAAUAUAAAUCUUACUAGACGUAUUCGCAAUGGUUCACAGACCUAGAAUUGGAAUUGCAUAAUUAGGAUACCGUAUUUUUAUUGAUAAUGUAACGCAGCAAUGGGAACAAAUAAUUUAUUCGUGUAUAUCUAUACUUACGUUAAUGACUUAAACUUCAUAUAUUUUCUGUUGAGUAUAUCCUACAUCUACAAAUUUCGUAAUUACUAUCUGGAAAUUUGAGAAGAAAAGAUGUUUUGUGUACUGACGAAAAUUCGGUGACCCUUUCGAUCGACAAACAUACAUUGUAGGAAUUAAGAAGAUCUCUAUGACCGUAACUUUAUAGUUGUUCAAAAGUUAUACCCCUGCAAUAUUUUAGAGUUAAUUAAGUGAAUUGACGAACACUGGAUCAUCACAUCGCAUGUCAAUAAUCGAAUCAUAAUGUUGAAACUUUGUAUAAAACUAUACAUAA